AUGAGCAUCGGCAGUCGCAUCGGCAACGACAGCCUUACAAAGCAUGGCAUUCCAUCUGGCCAGGAUGCAAGUCGCUUGGAAGACCCCCGCGAGUUUGCGAACGACCCGAAUGAGCUCUGGAUGGACGACUUCUUUGGCGAAGAUGUGAUUCUCCACCAUACGGGGAGCUUUCUGACCAAGGCGAAGCUCGUUCGUCGUGCGGUCAUGUUCAUGGCGAUUCUGCGGCGCGUGAGUUCGCUCUACUUUCAGCUGCUCGCGAUACGAACGAUGGGCAAGUUCCCCAUAGACGAACAACAGGCGUGGUUACUACUGCGACUCUUGGGGACAAUGCCGUGGGGCUCCAUCCAAUUGCUCACUUGGCAGCCACAGUCUCACGCAUUGCGGGGGUGA